GGGGCGGGGACAGCACGGCGGCGGCCGCUCAGUGUCGCGGGAGCCGGACCGCGCAGGCCCGUCCCGGCGGCCCGGGGGGCGCCAUGUGGUUCAUGUACGUGCUGAGUUGGCUGUCGCUGUUCAUCCAAGUGGCAUUCAUCACUCUGGCCGUCGCGGCUGGACUGUACUACCUAGCAGAGCUGAUAGAAGAAUACACGGUGGCCACCAGCAGAAUCAUCAAAUACAUGAUCUGGUUCUCCACAGCAGUGCUGAUUGGCCUCUACGUCUUCGAGCGCUUCCCCACCAGCAUGAUUGGCGUGGGCCUUUUCACCAACCUCGUCUACUUUGGCCUUCUCCAGACCUUCCCCUUCAUCAUGCUGACGUCACCUAACUUCAUCCUGUCGUGCGGGCUAGUGGUGGUGAACCAUUACCUGGCAUUUCAGUUUUUUGCGGAAGAAUACUAUCCUUUCUCUGAGGUCCUGGCCUACUUCACAUUCUGCCUGUGGAUAAUCCCGUUUGCUUUCUUCGUGUCACUCUCAGCUGGGGAGAAUGUCCUGCCCUCCACCAUGCAGCCAGGCGAUGACGUGGUCUCCAAUUACUUCACCAAAGGCAAGCGAGGCAAGCGCUUAGGCAUCCUGGUUGUCUUCUCCUUCAUCAAAGAGGCCAUCCUACCCAGUCGGCAGAAGAUAUACUGACCCUUUGGGGAGGGCAUGUGGGGGGCAAGACCAAUAGAGCCAGGCCCCCUGGGACUCUGGGCUAAUCGUGCCUGGGAGCCUGGAAAGUGUCUGCCAGCCCAGGUUUCCCUCCCCUCUGUUCUGAAGCCCCAUCCCCAUCCUCCUCAGGAGGCUUGAAUGCUGCCCAGGGCACCAGAGAGGGUAGCAGAGCCUGCUAUGCCAGGAGGCUAUGUUCCCAGCCCUUCCCUCUCCAGAGGUGGGUCUGGUCAGAUGGGGCAGGCAGGGAAGCGUGUAUGAAGCUGGGGGACUGUCAGCAAGUUCUCAGGCAGGUGGCCAUAGGGAGGAGCUGAGGGGCAGCACUUCCAGGAAAAGUGCAUUUUGCUGUUGAAACGUGGGUCUUGUCCAAUGCUGAUUCCCUUUUGAAUAAAGAUUCUAGGUGGCACUGUUUGCCUUAACACCUGAGGAGUUCAUCUCCUUCUCUGCCUGCUAAUCUUCUGCCUAGACUGGGCUAGCCUAGCCUGCUCUAGGGACUCCUCUUCUGGCUCUUGCCCUUCUGAUAGGGAUUCUUAUGGCCCUAGGUGGGAUGAGAACAGAGAUGAGAAUGAGGGGGCAAAGGCAGUUUUUCUGAGACUCCUCCUUCUUUCCAUGUCUCUUUCCCCAGACUGUGAUAGUCUGGAGUGGGGGAGGGGUAGAAAGUUUAUGGCUGGGUUAGAGAUGCAGCCCGUCUACAAUAUCCUAUUUAUGUCUUCCUUUGAGAAAAAGGAGAAAUUUCUUGGUAAAUUCUAUCUCAGGCUCAAUGAAAAAAAUAAACAUUGGCUUCUAGGCAGCCUAGGCUGUGGCCUGUUUGUUGAGAAAUGGGGCUGGGAAAGGCUGCCGCUCAGAGCACACAGGCCUCACGCCAGCGCUCCUGGCUCCUGGAGGGAUGUGAGCUCUGUCUUCUAAGAAGGCGGGCCUCAUCCUAGGCACAGACCAGCAUCUGUUGGCCUUGCACUCCAACUACACACAGUGCCUUGCAGGGGCUCAGCAGGGUAGGAAUGGACGUCCCCUCCCCCAGCCGAAUCUCGUACCUCACAGUGAGUCUGGCAGGUGCCCAGAUGGACAAGGCAUGGGCAAGAUCCCAGUUCGUGAACAUCUUACGCAUCCGUCAUCGCAUCGGCUCUUGCGUUUCUGUCGAGUCUUGGCCUGCUAUUUUCUGAAUUUGUUGUGCAGCUACAGGUGAGAUCGCCAGACCUAUUCCUGCCACUCGGUGGGUUAAGGUAUAGGACAUGGGCUGCUGCCCACCAGUGGGCUCAGACUGGCCCUGCUUGCUUGGCUGUCCACUUUAUCUUUGUUCAUCCUGCCUGCUGCUCAGACAGGGGCUUUCACAAGCUCACCCCGGUCGACUCAUCACAGAUCACCUGCUAGAUCUUGUAGCUGGCACAGCUGAUGGCCUGCUUUUUGGCUCGCACUUGUGUGGCUGUUGUCCCUUUACCUCUGUCCUUUCAGUCUGUUAUAUAGGCUUCUUUCUCGCCCUGUGCACACAGGGGCUCCUUGGCUGUCUUAUGAAUUUCCUCAGGAAGCCCAGCUGUGCUGGUGGCUUUAGGGAUGCUGUGGAGGAAGCCAGGGCCAACCUUCAGUCCCAGCUACUUCCUAACUCAACCACAGUUCUGCUGCCUCAUGGGCAGAGACAAUUUGAGCUCAGCAUCUGUCUGUUCACCCGCUCUUUGCAGUACCUCGUCUCUGGUCUCAUGACGGCACAGGAGCCAGGCAGGCUGUUGCUUUCUCUUUCUGCCCUACGUCUAGUCUACCUGAUCUGAUCUUGGUAUCUCUGUAUUUGGGCCACCUCUACUGUCAUCUCUCACCUCAUUUUGUUUUGACAGUUCCCUAUGUUUCUCUAUCCUUUGACCAGCUAGGGUUCUUUCUAAAAUGCACAGUUGGCCAAGUCUUUUCUGGCCCCCAACUCUCCCCAGCUCUCCACUGCCCUCAGGAUAAAGUCCAGACUCCUUAGCAUGGUGUGGGAGGCUCCUGGGUCCCUCACUAGCUUCACCACUUGACAUGUGCUCUGGGUCCCAGCCUCCUGUACACAGAGACCAUGGCUCUAGCUGCUUUGAUACCCUUCCUUCCACUUACUUUGGUAACUUGCCACUUUUCCUCUUAGAUUUUAUUUCCUCCAAGGAGCCUUGAAUGUCCCCUCCUCCCCUAGCCCCAGCUGCCACACAGACCCCUCUAGGCUCACUGGCCUGCAGUGUGGUCUGUCUCCCCACUAGACUGGAAGCUCCUUGAGGGCAGGGAAAGCCCUUGGGGUUUUGUAUUAUCAACUACCUGAUUUUGGCGCCUGGCCCAUGGAAAGCACUCAAUAAAUGUUUUGUUUAAAGA